AGAGAGAGAGAGAGUGCCGGAAAAGCGUGUUUACACAGACGGCAAACUGCCUGGGGAAUCGUCAGGGAGAGGAAGUCAGCCGGCUCUAUGUCUGCCUGCUCCUACUUCCUGCUCAGAAAAAGAAGCCAGGAUCCUAUUUCAGUCCAGCGGAGCGGUGUAGUAGCCGAGAUAGUCGACAGUCAGUCAGCAUGGAAAAACAGGGGAUCAUACCUAUUUCAUCAUAAACGUUUUCAAGGAGGGGAAGGAAAGGCAAACAAGAGAUCGCAGGUAUGGACAGUGCCAUCACCUUGUGGCAGUUCCUGCUGCAGCUUCUUCUGGACCAGAGCCACAAGCACCUGAUCUGCUGGACUUCCACUGACGGGGAGUUCAAACUGCUCAAGUCCGAGGAGGUGGCCAAACUCUGGGGUCUGAGGAAGAACAAGACUAACAUGAACUACGACAAGCUGAGCAGAGCCCUGAGAUACUACUACGACAAGAACAUCAUCAAGAAGGUGAUCGGUCAGAAGUUUGUCUACAAGUUCGUCUCGUUCCCAGAGAUUCUGAAGAUGGACCCUGCCGCAGUAGAGAUGGGCCUAGCGCCCGGCAGGGUGAAGCUCCACGAGGAUCAGGAUGUCCAGGAUCUGGAUGUUGAAGAGGAAGAGGAGGAUGAGGAAGAGGCCCAACAGCAGAGGCGCGCCCUCGGGGCAGUCCUGGAGGCGGCUGCGGCCCAGCAGGCUGCGUGCCGUAAUGACUACCUCCGCUCCAGCUUCUACUCCUCCUUCAGCAUUAACUCACUCCACCAUCCUCCAGAGGAUCUUAUCCGAGCUCUGAGGGACAGGCAGGACAAGAAGCAGGACAGGAAACAGGAGGAGGCCCGCUCUGGAGUAAUCCGCUUUGGGACCAACCAAGUCGAGAGGACUCCCCCCUCCCCGUCUCCGUCCCAUUCCCACUGCCUGGUAAAGUCGGAGCCCUCUUUCUCCUUCUCUAAUCACUGGCCUUCUAAACCAUCACCCCACCACCACAGCCUCUGCCACCAGCGCCGCUCACCUGCCUCCCCCCACAGCCCCAAUCCACAGCCUGGGCCUGGACGGGGAGGCUGGAGCCCGGAGUCUACGGAGGAGGAGGAUGAAGGGGAGGACUCAGACCAUGGGGCCCAGCCUCUGAAUCUCUCCUCUGGGCAUAGAGAGAGGGAAAGGGCCCUUCAGCCCCCAGAGAAGAGGACCAGUAAUAGCAGUAGGGCUGAUAGUCACGGAGACAGUGGACAUGUACUCCCACCCAAAACAAAGAAGCCCAAAGCCUUAGAGAUCUCUGCCCCGUCCUUGCUCCUUACAGGAAGUGACAUCGGCUCCAUAGCCCUCAACAGCCCCGCCCUGCCAUCCGGGUCGCUCACUCCUGCCUUCUUCACCACACAGACUCCAUCUGGCCUGCUGUUGGCUCACAGCCCUCUGUUGUCAGGCAUCCACUUCUGGAGCAACCUGAGUCCCGUCGCCCCUCUGAGCCCGGCACGGCUGCAAGGACACGGAUCUCUGUUCCAGUUCCCCAGUCUCAUGAACGGACAUCUUCCUGUGCCCCUUCCAAACCUGGAUGGGUCCCCGUCCCCCCUCCUCCUGUCCCCAGCCAACCAUAAGUCCUGAUCCAGGCACUCGAAAUCCAGCCCAUUGGUUUCUACAGUACUUCCGUCUCCUUCAUCAAGCAUCUGUUCAUACAGACUGUUCAUCAUCCACCAAUUUUUUUUUAUUUCUCUAAAAUUCUCUAGUAGUAUUAUCAUUUUUCUUUCCUUUAUGUGCAACGUGCUUACUGUAAAUAAUCAAGAUUGACUCAAGUCAUAACGGCAUGUUGUGGCCUCAGUUUUAUUGCACUUAAGUUGGUUCCAGCUCCAGUUGUGUAGUUGAAAGCACUUGGUUGAAGCCAUACGAUGUGGUGUCUGUGAUGAAACACAUUUCCAGGGCAGAACCCUGUUCAGAGGGACAGUUGUAGUGGAGUGUUGUCAGGGUUUUAGUAAGACAUUACUGUCAUGAGGCUGGUCUCCAAGGCUUGCUUGUUUUUUAAUCUUGUACAAAUUAAUUAAUUUCUAUGCCUCUUUUUAUGAUUUUAAUAACAAAAGGUGAAACAUUGUUUCCAUUGUAUGAAAUGUAUGCACUGUGCCUUUCAAAUAGUACCGGCUGUGCCUUUUAAAAAAUGUAAAAAAAUGGUCGCCAUAUUUUUCCUCCUUAAAAAAUAUAAUUUUAUGAAGACGAGAUUUCAAAUCAAUGAAAAUGCUUCAACAAUUUGUAAUGUUUUUUUUUUUUUUUUUAUACCAGAACUGAUAUAUACAGUGUACAAUUUUAUAUUGGUGAAGUCUUGUUUUUAAUAAACAUGAAUGCUGCGAUACACAGCCUUUUGGUAGGA